ACCUAUUUUCCAAGAAUCCAUUUUGCAUGACCUUCCUAAAAAUUUCCAGUUCUAACUUUAAAACUUCAUAUAAGGAGCUCUUUACCUGAUUAUUCAGUCACUCAAAGCCCUCUAAACAAAAUGGCCAGAUUAAUUAACCCCAUUUUCUUCUCCUGCCUGUACAUAAGUUUCAUAUAUACUCUUUCUGUCAAUGCAACAACUUUGCAAUCUGAUAUUCAAGUUCUAGAGGCCAUCAAAACAUCGAUAGACCCCGUUUCAAUCUCUGCAGAUUCAUUCCUCAGCAGUUGGGAUUUCAACUUGGACCCUUGUGAGACAACGGGGACAAGUUUCUUGGGAAUUCUUUGCACAAUUCCUCUAGACACUAACACCUCGAGCCGGAUAAUGGAAAUCGAUCUAGAAGGAGAUGAACUCGAGGGUUUCUUGACACCAUCAAUCGGGAAUUUAACAGAACUUGUUUCUCUCAAUCUGGGCAGGAACAAAUUCAGAGGGCCAGUGCCAGAAACUAUCACUAAUUUGAAGAAACUCACAAGUCUUCAACUUUAUGAGAAUUAUUUCUCUGGUAGUCUUGUUAAUGGCAUUGGUGUACUAAGAAAACUUGAAGUUCUUGAUGUGUCAAAUAAUAGGCUAUCUGGUUCAAUCCCUACAUCAGUUACAGCACUUAGAAGUUUGACUCAGCUAGACCUGUCUAACAAUGAAUUGACAGGGAGAAUUCCUCAACUUAAUGGAUUAUGGCAGCUCAGUUCAUUUGAUCUUUCCAAUAACCAGAUUUAUGGGAAUCUUCCACAGUUCCCGUUGAAGAUAAAAACACUAUCACUUGGUCACAACUUGCUCUCUGGCCACAUUACCCCUGUGAAUAAGCUUAGACAUUUGAGAAUAUUGGACCUUAGUGAUAACAGAUUUUCAGGAGGAAUCAACAAGGGGAUCUUCAUGUUGCCUGACAUAAGUCACGUAAACGUUUCAGCUAACCGGUUCACGAUGUUGGAGGUGGUGGAAUUCUCUGAUGAUAAAGGAUCACAGCUUAACACGCUGGACUUGCAUGGCAAUCGUCUACGUGGUCAUUUGCCCGUGAACUUAAUAACUUACCCAAACUUAACAGACAUAAACCUCGGGCAUAACUUGUUUUCGGGUGAGAUUCCAGCAGAGUUUUGGCCAAGACUCGUGUAUUCAUGGAGAAGUCUCAACUUGGAUUAUAAUUAUCUGGAGGGAUCAGUGCCUAGAGAGCUCAACAGGACUAUACAAGGGCUUCGGGGAAGUUUAGCGCACAACUGUCUCACUUGUCCAAAGGGGUUACAGCUGUGUCAUGGAGGACAGAGGCCAGCUUCAGACUGUGUUGGAAGGAAUAGAGGUGGAGGAGGAGACCUUAGUUGAGAUAUUUAGCUUUGCAAUAUCUUGAAAAUUACUACUGCACUUAAUUAUAUAGAUGGAUUCUAAUGUUUUUUUUUUUCCAAGGUUUUAAGUGUUUUUUCUAGUUGCCAAUAUAGUUUAUCAGUUGCAGCCUGUUAUCAAUAAGCAGUAGCAUGGGAAUGAAGCUGCUGAUAUCUUCCUUUUUUUAUUUAAUCAAGAAACCAUUUUAACACUACAUCUUCUGCCACCUAGGACAACGACCAAUGUGAAUGAGUGUAAGCUUCGUUGCAUGAACAAAAUUAAUGUUGAUCAUGCUAGAUGUUACUGCAGUAGCAUGAUUUUCUGAAGUUGUGUUAUUGAAUAUUUCAGCUUAGAUCAUGUUU